AUGAUUUUCCCCUCCAUCUUCCUCGCCAUAUUCGUGAUGACCUGCGAAACCAUCGCAGCACCAUACAAGUCCUCUACGGUGCUCGACACCAUCCAAAGCAGGAUAGAGAAGAAGAUACCAGCAAACUCCAAGGCUUCUUGCUCAGAUGUUCGCUUCUUCGGCCCGAGAGUCCUCGUAGAAGAGGGUAGCAAGAAGAAGGAUUCAACCCCCUAUCUCGUGGCUAAGUGUGACGACGGCAAGGGAGGCCAAAUGUGCUCCUGGAUGCCCCUGGCCGCCUGUUUCGCAAACGCCCACGGCGAAAAUGUUUACCGGAGAUAG